AGUUUUGGCAUUCUGAUCAGUGCAACAUGAUCAAUGGGACCUCGGGACAGAUGUGGGCACCGUUCAUGACUCCUGAGACCUCGCUGGAAUUCUACAGUCCUGAGGCCUGCCGGUCCAUGACCCUCAUCUACAAGGAGUCGGGGACGUUUGAAGGCAUUCCCACCUAUCGCUUCGUGGCCCCCAGCACCUUAUUUGCCAACGGCUCUGUCUACCCGCCCAACCAGGGCUUCUGCCCGUGCCUGGAGUCUGGAAUUCAGAACAUCAGCACCUGCAGAUUCA